AUGGUCCGAUUGAGAGUAGAUGUAUCUGGUGGUAAGGAGAGAUUUAAGCGGCCAAUCAAUUAUUCUCGUAGAGAAUCGCAUGGUCCAUCACCUUUUCUUGAAAAUGGAGCAUUGGGCAGCCGCAAUGCUGGCAGAGGGCUAACUUUUCUUGGCCCUUGUAACCCACAUCUGACAACCGAGGAUGCGUUGUCUUAUUUGAAGGAAGUUAAGGACACGUUUCAAGGCAGAGAGAAGUAUGAUGUGUUCCUUGAUAUUAUGAAACAUUUUAAGGCUCAAAGAAUUGAUACUGUUACUGUCAUAGCAAGAGUGAAAGACUUGUUCAAAGGGCACCCUAGGUUGAUCACUGGGUUCAACACUUUCUUGCCCGAGGGUUAUACAAUAACUCUCAAUCAAGAAGAUAAGCCUAGAGUUGAAUUUGGAGAAGCUAUCAACUUUGUGAACAAAAUAAAGACGCGUUUCCAAAAUGAUGAUCAUGUCUACAGAUACUUCCUAGACAUAUUGAACAUGUAUAGGAAAGAGCAUAAGGGAAUCAAUGAGGUGUACCGAGAGAUUGCCGUACUUUUCAAUGGCCAUCCAGAUUUGCUAGAUGAGUUCACUAGGUUCUUGCCAGAUACUAAGAAGGAAGUAGAUCUAAGCAAGCAGCAGCAUCCUGGUAAAAUGAAUUCUUUUGGAGAGUUUGAAGAUACCCUGAAAUAUUCGUGUAGCAAAGGGUUCAUUUUCUGUGAAAGGGUAAAGGAAAGACUACAAAGUCCAGCUGAUUAUCUGAAAUUCUUAAAAUGUCUCCAUAUUUACAGCACAGAAACGAUUGCAAGGAACAAGUUACAAAGUUUGGUUGCUGAAAUAAUUGGAAAAUAUCCUGAUCUUAUGGAGGGUUUCAAUGAAUUUCUGGAUCGAUAUGAUCGAGUUGAUACAUAUACAAAAGGGUUCACUUUCUGUGAAGAGGUAAAGGAAAGACUAGGAAGUCCAGCUGAUUAUCAGACAUUCUUAAAAUGUCUUAGUGAUUACAGCGGAGAAAUAAUUACAAGGGAGCAGUUACAAUCUUUGGUUGCUCAAACACUUGGAAAACAUCCUUGUCUUAUGGAGCGUUUCAAUGUAUUUAUAGAUCGUUAUGAACGAGCUGUUGGAUUUCUUGUAGGUGUAAUGACUAAGUGGAAUGAAUCCAAGUUAGUAAAGGAAGAAGAGAACAAGUGUAAAAACUGAGGCUCCUUCAACUUAUCAAAUAAAACAAGAAAAUGAGGCUCGUCCA